UCAAGAUAUGUGAAGAUGACAUCAUCAAAUGCUCUAAGUGAUUUGAUGACAGGAGAAGGUGAAGGUGAAGCACCUUAUCAAUGAAGUGGUCAGCAAGAUCUUCCAAAACGGGUCGCUCCAGAAACAAAAUGACAACUUGAAUAAGAAAAACCGCGCCCUGCAGGAUGAGGUGACUGCUCUCAAAGUGGCUCACAAAACCAGCCAAGAAAAGCUCCAAGCUGAGCAGGAGGUCAAUCAGGGCGUCCUCGAGGACCUCAGCGUCUUUCACGACGUGAAGCUGAAGAUGCUUACCACCGAGCUGGAGAAAGGCAAGAUCCAAACAGAGUCUCUCCAGAAACAAGUGGACAACUUGAAUAAGCUCCUGGAGGAGAAAGACAGCAACCUGCAGGAGGAAAAUAGCAACCUGCAGGAGAAAAACCGCACCCUGCAGGAGGAAAAUAGCACCCUGCAGGAGAAAAAACGCAUCCUGCAGGAUGAAGUGUUCAUCCAAACGGGGUCCGUCCAGAGACAAGUGGAGAAUACUACGCUGCUUCAGGAGAAAAUUAGCACCCUGAAAGAGGAAAACCGCAUCUUUAAGACGAAAGACAGCGACCUGCAACAUGAAGUGAGGGAUCUCAAAGUGGCUCACAAAAAGAGACUAAAAGAGCUCAAAGCUGAGCAGGCGGUCAAUCAGGGCCUCCGAACUGAACUUGAGAUCGUCCGCGACUUUCAUGCUGCGGAGCUGGAGGAGCUUACCACCGAGCUGGAGGAGAGUAAGAUCCAAACCGAGCCGCUCCAUGAACAAGUGGACAACUUGAAUAAACUCCUGGAGGAGAAAGACAGCACCCUGCAGGAGGAAUAUAGCACCCUACAGGAGGAAAAUAGCACCCUGCAGGAGAAAAAUAGCACCCUGCAGGAGAAAAAUAGCACCCUACAGGAGGAAAAUAGCACCCUGCAGGAGGAAAAUCGCACCUUGCAGGAGAAAAACCGCACCCUGAAGGACGAUGUGCUCGUUAAAACGGGGUUCAUCGAGAAACAAGUGAAGAAAACUGCACUUGUUCAGGAGGAAUUGAGAACCACCCUGCAGGAGGCAAUCCGCACCUUGCAGGAGAAAAAACGCACCCUGCAGGAUGAGGUGCUCGUCCAAUCGGGGUCCCUCCAUGAACAAGUGGAGAAAACUACACUGCUUCAGGAGGAAAAUAGCUCCCUUCAGGAGGAAAACCGCUUCCUUCAGGAGAAAGACAGCCCCCUGCAGGAAGAAAACCACUUCCUUCAGAAGGAAUACUGCAUCAUUCAGGAAGAAACCCGCUUCCUUCAGGAGAAAGACAGCACCCUGCAGGAUGAAGUGCUCGUCCAAACGGGGUCCCUCCAGAAACAAGUGGAGAAAACUGCGCUGCUUCAGGAUGAAAAUAAGACCCUGCAGGGGGAAAAACGCAUCCUUCAGAAGGAAAACCGCACCCUGCAGGAUGAAGUGACGGAUCUCAAAGUGGCUCACAAAACCAGCCUAAAAAAGGUCCAAGCUGAGGAAGAGGUCAAUCAGGGCCUCCAAACUGAACUGGAGGACCUCAGCGACUUUCACGACGUGAAAGUGAAGAUGCUUACGGCCGAGCAGCAGAAAAGCAAGACCCAAACCGAGUCUCUCCAGAAAGAAGUGGAAAACUUGAAUGAGGUCCUUCAGAAAAAAAACAGCAGCAACCGGCCAAAUAAGAGAAGAAAGCAGAAGGGAGCACGACGCCGUCCCUAAAUGAAACCACAUUUUGACUAAUGCUAUAUAUAUUUAAAUAUAUAUAUAUAUAGCAUUAGUCAAAAUGCGGUUUCAUGUGUAUAUAUAUAUGCAUAUAGUGUA